CACAAGAUUGUGCACUGUCCGACAGACGAGCCGCCCUCGUAAUUUUGGCCAACCUUGUCUUGAUAUCGGAUAUAAAGCACUGGCCAGGACUCUUGGCUAGUUUACUUUCCCAGCCACGCCUGUGAGAACUGCCUUGCAGCUGAUCAAUGGGAAUUAUGGGAUAUUGAUACAAUAGUUUGUUUUUUCAAAACUGUUUUCACAGCUUCAGUAAGACACACUGACUGUGUGCUCUGCUCUCAGAUGCAGUGUAGACUUGGCUGGUGACUGGUCUGCAGGCUCUCCACUUCUGUUGUCCCUGGAGUCAGCCAGUUGGGGGGCAGAUUCCUGCAUUCCCCUCCUCUCAGUCUGAGUCUUUGUCUGGACAGAACCAACUACCUGCCAUUGGAGUACACAACUCGUCCUCGCCCGUGUUGCUCGGAUCAGCACAGCUCAUCUCCUGACUGAGGAGAGCGCAGCAGCUGCACAAGAUUCACCUUUUACCAACAGAUCCCUCCCGGCUCCGCCCACACUGCCCCAUCACCAUGGUGCUGUCACAACGGCAACGAGAUGAACUAAAUCGAGCAAUAGCUGAUUAUCUACGUUCCAAUGGAUAUGAAGAAGCAUAUUCCACUUUCAAGAAGGAGGCGGAAUUAGAUAAUAAUGAAGAAUUGGAUAAGAAGUAUGCUGGCCUUUUGGAAAAAAAAUGGACCUCAGUUAUCAGAUUACAAAAGAAGGUGAUGGAACUUGAAUCCAAACUGAAUGAAGCUAAAGAGGAGAUCACCCUGGGUGGGCCCGUAAGUCAGAAGCGUGACCCCAAAGAGUGGAUCCCACGCCCACCAGAAAGGUACGCGCUGAGUGGCCACCGCAGUCCAGUCACCCGCGUCAUCUUCCACCCAGUCUUCAGCGUCAUGGUGUCAGCUUCUGAGGACGCAACAAUAAAGGUGUGGGACUAUGAGACAGGAGACUUUGAACGCACACUGAAAGGCCACACAGAUUCAGUGCAGGACAUCUCAUUUGACCAGACUGGCAAACUGCUAGCAUCCUGCUCUGCGGACAUGACUAUCAAGCUGUGGGACUUCCAAGGCUUCGAAUGCAUCAGGACCAUGCAUGGACAUGACCACAAUGUUUCGUCUGUAGCCAUCAUGCCCAAUGGAGAUCACAUCGUUUCUGCCUCGAGGGACAAAACCAUAAAAAUGUGGGAGGUGGCAACUGGCUACUGUGUGAAGACCUUCACAGGCCACAGGGAGUGGGUUCGCAUGGUGCGGCCCAACCAGGACGGCACACUGAUUGCCAGCUGCUCCAACGACCAGACAGUUCGUGUGUGGGUCGUGGCCUCCAAAGAAUGCAAGGCUGAGCUGCGGGAGCAUGAACAUGUGGUGGAGUGCAUCUCUUGGGCACCGGAGAGCGCCUACCCCACCAUCUUAGAAGCCACAGGCUCUGAGUCCAAGAAGAGUGGCAAGCCAGGCCCCUUCCUGCUGUCUGGGUCCAGAGACAAAACCAUCAAGAUGUGGGAUGUUAGCAUUGGCAUGUGCCUUAUGACACUGGUUGGCCAUGACAACUGGGUGCGUGGGAUCCUCUUCCACCCUGGAGGAAAGUUUAUUGUGACCUGUGCAGAUGAUAAGACCUUAAGGAUCUGGGACUACAAGAACAAGCGCUGCAUGAAAACCCUGUGUGCCCACGAACAUUUUGUUACCUCUCUGGAUUUCCACAAGGCUGCUCCCUUCGUGGUCACUGGGAGCGUAGAUCAAACAUUAAAAGUGUGGGAGUGUCGCUGAUUUGGACCUCGGAGGAUUGGACCACCACCCUAAUUGCCCAGGCGCUCCUCUGGAUCCCACAUCCCCUCCUGCCACCCUACCUCCCCUUCCAUCCCACCACCCUCACCCCCUCACCUAACCUCACCCGCACAUCUGUCGUCUCCUCCGGCUGCACUCACCACCAUGGUUAUUUACCCAUCGCUCUCUCUGGUCCAAUAACUUUUGUCCUUCUGUGUAAAUUAUUCCUGGAUGUAGAUCGAGCUAUUAAAUGUUACACAAAAAAGUAUUCUUGCAUGGUAAUCCAAAAUUGUAUACUGUAAAUUUACAUAACGUUGUCUAGAAGUACCAUAGGUUUAAUACGGGGCUGGCCGUCUGUCACGCAGCCUUACCGACCAACCGAAGGCAGAUGUUUUUGACUGGGUGUGAAAUGUAGGGCACUAAAAACCGAUAAUUUAAGAAAUGACAGUGUCUUUAUGUGUAAGAUUUAUUUUGUCUAUUUUUUUAUUUAGGAUUUUUUUUUUCUCUGUUAUUCCUCUCCUUCACUGUCGUAGUCUGUUGGUGCCUAGCUUGGUGAAACGUUCGAGAGAUGAGACGGGAAAACGAAUAGGAUGCGAUGAGAUGUCUGUGGGGCUUUGUUAUUGAAAUAAUCUGUAGCUUUAUAACAUCACUUCUCAAGUGUGCAUACCAUUUCUCUUCAUGUGGAACUAGGUAAUAUUUUAAUGGCUGUAUAUACGAAUGUUUCAAACUGUUGUCCUUAGACCUCGGGGGCUUGAAAACAGCUUUGUACUCUUGUCAUGGUGGCACAUGAACCACUGCUAGGCUUUAGAUAAAUUAUCCCAUUUAAAAAUAUAAAAAUGACUUCGUGAACAGCUAAGCUUUUUACAAGAAGUCCAGUGUAGCGAGCAAGUUGGUUUCGCUGUCGGUGAGCACCCUGGGUCACAGCAUCAGGGAUUACACCUGUUUAAUCUCCUAGUAGUUGGGUGUGUCUCCCUUUAGGAGAUGACUUCUUGUGACCUUGCAUGCUUGCUUGAGCUGAAUCGGUCACCUGUGGCAGAGUUUGGUGCACCACACAGAUGUAGAUGCUCAGUUGUCCCACGGCGCCUCUGAAGGUUGGAAACACGAUAAACCUACUAAAGGGGAAAACAUGACGAGGAGUCAAAGUGAGCCCCCCAGGUUUGAUAAUCUGGGAUGUGCAAAGAUCUCUAAUUUCCGAAUGAAAUGUUCUGCAUCAUAAAAAAAAAAAAAAAAAAAGGUUUUGAGUACAAAAAAAAGUCAGUUUUCUGUGAAAAUACGAAAUGUAAAUUUAGCUUGUUAUUAAGACAUUUGGCAGUUUUGUAUUAUGGGUGGAAAUGAGAUUUGGUGAAGAAGCAGCAGAUGUGCUGAGUGAUCUGCUGGUGCUCUUUUGUCUGUAGAGGGCUCUGAUGCUGUGGUUGUUUUGUUUUUUUAAUUAUAAAGAGCUCCUCGCUGUAAAAAGAAGCUCCUGGAUGGACGACACUAAAACCGGAGCAUCUCUACAGACGAACUCCACAGAACACUCCACAUAUAUGCAAACGUCUUCUGAGUGGCUUUUCCUCAAAUGUUCAGCUUUUGAUCUACGUAAAGCUGUAACUGUAAAGCGAUUUUUGAAAAGGCUGGAAAAUAAAUGUAGUUCAGUCGAUGCUGUAAGAGACAACCAUUCCACUUCCCUUGUAGGACAAAAAAAAAAGAAACAUCUUGCUUGUAAACUGUAGCUGGCAAGGUGGUUCAUUAAUCUUGCACAUCUCUGUUUUCACUAAAGCUUUGGUCGUUAAUGACGACCGAAGACAACAUUAAAGUUUAAUGAUGUUGAUAAAUGCAUAAACCUAUAAUUUCUGAUUAGCCUUUUCAUUCCAAUGCAGUUCUUGGCUAAUAAAGAAUUCCACUGCUUAACUGAUCUUCUUAUCUUAGCUUCUUUGCCAAGUUUUCCUCUUCCUGUGUGUACUGGAUGUGGUGAUCUGCUGCUCAAGCUCUUGCUAGUGGCUACUGUGAGCCUAAUGUGACCUGUUGAUGUAGCACUGCUGCAUGUAAACCUGCACCAGAGGCAGAGCUGUCCGAACACGUUCUCAUGAAAGCUCGGAGCCCUCCUAUCAGACUAAUUGGUUUGAAUAAUGUGGCGAGAACCUGACUCUAUGUACCUUAAAAGUAGCGUGACAAUUUGGGAAAGUGUGCUUAUUUGCUGAGAGUUAAAUGAGAAUAUCGCUUUUGAUCUCAUAUGUUUUGCUGUAAAUAUGAAGUUGCAGCCAGUUAGAUCAGCAUCAGUACUGGAAACCGAGAAACAGCUUGCCUGGUUGGUGGUAAAAAGAUUUAUCUGCACACUGGCACCUGAAAAACAGCUCAUUAGCACAUUAUAUUCUGUUUUUUAAUCUGAUAAAAUGACUUGUUUCAUUUGUUGCUGGACUUUUUUCUCCGCUGCAACCGUAACCUGGCUGUCUGGCAGCUGGGGUACAGAUAAAAUACUGUGAAUAAGGACUGUAUUCCUUGAAUAUCUAGAUCAUUAAUUGAGUUUUUAGAAAGAUUAAAAUCACAGUAUUUACAAAUCUUCAUGUUCAAAAAGUAGACAGGAAAAUCUUGUUAAAAUGACAUUUGUAGGAGACACAUACAGAUGAUGACCUGAAAUACGAACUAGCUGGAGUCUUCCUGGUUGCCUGGCAACUAGUCCAGGCUGUUGGACAGAGCUAGGCUAGCUGUUAGUGGUUAUUAUGCUAAGCUAAACUGACCGUCUGCUGGCUCCAGCUGCAUAUGAACUGUCCAAACAUGAGAGUGGUAUCGGUCUUUUCAUUUAACCAUCUAACACGGCGAGUAUUUCUCAGGCUGCUCCUUAAACGUGACUGUCCUCGGUCACUGGCUGGGUUCAGACAGCUCUGUUCUUUGGUCGUAGAGAGGCUGGUUUUGUUGUGUGUGAUGCUAUUUGAAGGAGGUUUUUUACAGCCUCCUCCUUCUGUAAAUGCAAUGGGAUUGUGGCAGACUAGGAUAUCCCAAAGGAGCAACCCUAUCUUUCAGGGAAUAUUAAUGUCUCUCUUUGGUGUGUGCCCCCUUCACAAAGGUCUUAUUUUUUUUUCUAUAACCUGUUUUCUCUGUCCAAACGUCUGAGGCAGACUUUGGGUGAAGAGAGAAUCGGCUAAUUUUGUAGUACAAUUUGGCUAACGGAGAUGCCAAUGUGUUAAAUGUUCUAGCUGAAGCCAAAAAUGGAGACGUUAGUCCGUACAAUCUGGUUUAUCUUGAGAAAUCAGCCUCCUCUUGUGUUGGUCCGACACUGUGGCCAACUGUUGAAAACGACAGUCUCCUCAGGAUCACGCUAUGACAUGCCAGACCAUAAAAUGUAAAUUAAAAACGUAUCCCCUUCCUUGGUUUUACUCAAGGAAGGUGGUUAAUCAGAGGUCAGGACGAUGUGUGUUCUGUUUAUUUUGUAAUAAUCGAUAGGAAAAAGAGCUGCAACACAGCUGCUGCUGUUGUACGCGAGUGUUGAAGAAAAUCCCCUUUUUGCCAUUUGCAGGUCCCAAGCAAUCCCUGUGCUGCUCUGGUCUGGUAUGAAGGGACCGGCAGGCAGCUGUUGACUGUCUGUGGGUCUCUUCCUCCGGCCUCUGGUCCCUCUGUCCUCUGUAACCCGCCUGUGAACCACAGCCCAGGGCUUCAGACUGCACAACAAGCUCCUACAGGAGAGCUCAUGAUGUUUUCGCCACUAUGGUCUCACUCUUCACACAGCAAACUGUUAACAAUAUACCUGGAUGUCAUUAUUGUUUGCGAUAUAAUAAAAGAAGAAAAUCUG